GGCGCUAGACCCUGUUGCCGACGGCGUGCUGGGGGCUUGGGCAGCCACCAAGAACUUUGGUCCCAACGUCGAGGCCCUCAGCAUGGAACUACUGCUCGUGAAGGCCACGCUUGAGCAGGCUGCCCACAAGGAGCUCGGAGGCCCGGCAAUGGAGAUGCUGCUUCAGAAGUUGCAGGACUCGGCACACAAUGCCGAAGACUUGCUGGAUGAGCUGGACUACUUCCGCAUCCACGACAGGCUCCAUGGCACGUAUGAUGCUGCCGACGAGCACGGCAAGGGUUGCACCCGUAACCUUGCCCUCAAUGCUCGCCACACUGCCAAAGCUGUUGGCAAACUGGUCAACUGUUGCGCUUGGCAUCGUGCUAAGCGCCGGCAGAGUUCACACAACAAUUCCUUGACGCCAAAUGCCAAUCAGGAGGUCAGCAGAUUCAUGCCCAAGCUCUGUAAACUCCUCCCUUGCUCAUCCUUCCCACAUCCGCAUGUUGGUGAUGACGAUCGUGGCAAUGAGCAAGAAACACCAAAGCUUGAGUUUAAUAGGGUUGGUUUCUCUCAAAGGAUGAAGGAUAUUGUAGAGAAACUGCAGCAUAUGCGGAAUGAGAUUAACAAGAUUCUGCAGGGUUCUGCCCCUAAAACUGUUCCAGACAUUGCCCAGGGUCGUCCUAUCACCAAAGGUCGAAUUGAUGAGCCAAAACUGUAUGGGAGGGACAGUGUCAUGAAGAGCAUCAUGGAUGAUAUCACCAAUGGUCAAUACUGUGACAAUGGUCUAACCGUGCUUCCGGUUGUUGGUCCGGGAGGAAUGGGGAAGACAACUCUGAUACAACACAUAUAUCACAAUGAACAAGUGCAGAAUCAUUUUCCAGUCACUAUUUGGAUAUGUGUGUCAGUCAAGUUUGAUCUGGAAAAAGUGCUAGGACAGAUUAAAACAUGUAUUCCUAAAGUUCAAGAUGAAAAAGAGAGCAGUACAACAGAAGAGUUGAUUGAACAAAGAUUAAAAUCUAAAAGGUUCUUACUUGUAUUGGAUGAUAUAUGGAAGAUUAGUAAUGGGGAUGACUGGGGAAAAUUAUUGUCGACACUCAAUAAAUCAGAGGAAAAGGGUUCCAUGAUUCUGGUCACAACCCGGUUUCAGGCAAUAGCACAGAAGACUCAAACAACUGGCCAUUCAGUAGAGCUGGAUGGUUUAGAAUAUGAAGAGUUUAGAAAGUUAUUCCUUGCAUUUGUCUUUGGUGAUGAGCAAUAUCCAAGGGACAAACAAUUUUUGCUUGAGACUGGAGAUAAGAUAAUGGAAAAACUAAAGGGCUCCCCUCUUGCAGCAAAAACGGUUGGUAGAUUACUGAGUAAAGACCUUAGUUUGGGUCACUGGAAAAAGGUCCUAAAAAGUAAAGGAUGGGAGAAGCAGACCGAUGACAAUGAAAUUAUGCCUGCCUUGAAGCUUAGCUAUGACUUUCUUCCUUUCCAUCUGCAACAAUGUUUUGCCUAUUCUGGAUUGUUUCCUGAAGAUUACGGUUUCAGAAGUGACGAGCUGAUCAGUCUAUGGAUCGGACUAGAUAUUUUGAUACCCAAUGGCCAAAACCAAAUAUUUGAAGACAUAGGGCUGAGCAAUUUAAAUGAGUUAGUCAUUCAUGGAUUUUUCAGAGAAGAGGAAACUGAUGGUGAUCUGUGUUAUGUUAUGCAUGACCUGCUGCAUGAUUUGGCAUUGAAGGUUGCAUCUCAUGAUUGUCUUAGUUUAAGUCUCCCUAGUGUUGGAUCAGUAGAGAUUCAGCCAACCACCCGUCACUUGUCUAUAAGCACAUAUGGUUUAGGUAAAUAUGAUGCAGUGUCUGGUAAAAAAUUGAAGAGUGAAUUGGAAGAACUAAAGACAAGAUUUAAGGUUGAAGAUUUGCAAACAUUGAUGUUAUUUGGAGAAAUGGAUGAAGGUUUUGUCAAGAUAUUUGGUGAUUUUUUGGGGGAAGCGAACACUCUUCGUGUUCUUCAUUUGCCCAAAAUGCUUUGUCCCGUGGAGUUCAUGUUACAUAACUUUUCGGGACUUCUCCACCUACAAUACCUAUGUCUAGGGACACAUGACAGUCAGAUGCAUUUACCACUUAGCAUCUCUAAAUUUUAUCAUUUAAGGAUUCUAGAUCUUGAUUUGUGGGAUGGCAGUCGUGAUUUGCCCAAAGACAUGAGCAACCUUGCCAAAUUGUGCCAUUUUUAUGUCCCAAGUGAUGAUCAGCUCCAUUCUGAUAUUUAUAAUGUGGGAAAACUUAAACUCUUAGAAGAGCUAAAGGUAUUUCAAGUCUAUAAAAAAAGUGAAGGGUUUGAACCAAAGGAACUAGAGCACUUGACCAAGCUAAGGGAGCUUGGCAUCUACAACCUUGAGAAAAUACGUAAAGAGGAAGAAGCAGCUCAAGCAAAACUGAUAGAGAAAAGCUAUCUGAGGAAGUUAACAUUGGAUUGGGAUAGUGAGCGGUUUAGUGUUGAGCCCAGUGUGGAAGCAGUAGUUCUUGAGAGCCUUCAACCUCAUGGAGAUCUUCAGGUGUUGUGCAUUAGAGGGCAUGAAGGUCCUUCUUGUCCGACAUGGCUGGGUGAUGAGUUCGCUGUUGAAGCUCUACAAUCUCUUUAUCUUUGUGGUGUUUCCUGGGAAGUUUUCCCUUCUUUAGGGAAGGCGUGGGAUCUUCGUGGAUUGAAAUUGAAGCAUAUUGCCAAAAUGAAGGAGUUUAUUAUAGAGGAAAGCUUUUGCAGGCUAAUAAAGCUUAAACUCAUUGGCCUAGGAAGUUUUGCAAAAUGGGUUUACCCAACUGAAGAAGAGUCUUCUGUUGGUGGGGACUUGUUGCCACCGGAUGCUCAUAUGUUCCCUCUUUUGCAAGUUCUGGUUAUUAGGAGGUGCCCGAAACUGUUGGGGUUGCCUUUCUCAAACCACAUCGUUUCCCCGAACCGGUUCCCCAAGCUACAAGAGCUUGAGGUACAUGACUGUCCCAAAUUCUUGCCAGUGAUUCCCAUCUCCUGGAUUGAAAGUCUGUGUUCUGUCAAGAUGAAAUGUGUAAAGAUGCUAGAGGAGUUUGCGUACUCAAAAUCGUCUGAUGGAGUUAAAUUGAAAAUUAUCGGAGAGGGUGAUCUGCAUAGCUUAGAUGAAGUGUUAGUUUUAGAUAAAGAAACAGGUCUUGAGAAGCUGGAACUCGAGAGUUGCCCACCUCUGGAGUUGAAGCACCUUCUGAUGCUAACCUCGCUGAAGACAUUGAUUGUAAAAUAUUCAGAUGGUCUGGUUGGACCAGUAGGAGGUCAGGGUGAUGUGGAAUGGCGGCUCCCUGUUGAGUACAUGAGGAUCUCGGACUUAAAUGGUGAUAUUGGGGAGGAAUUGACAGAGCUCCUCCCCCACCUCCCAAAGCUCUCCAAAUUGGAAAUAUGCUUUUGUAAUAGCAUAAAAAAGCUGAUAGUAGGGGUGGAUGUACAACAGACAACAUCAGAAGCAUCAGAAAUGGGGGGAGGUGAAAUAACAGCAGCAGCAGAGGAAGAGGAUGAGGAAGAUGAAUUGACGGCAUCAGAAGAGGAAGAGAUGGAGGAAGAUGAAAUAACAACAUCAGAAGCAUCAGAGACAGAGGAAGAUGAAACAACAACAGCAGCAGAGGAAGAUCAUGACGGUGUGCUGCUCUUCCCAGCUCAUCUCUGUAACUCACUACAGGAAUUGGAGUUGAUUCACUGCAAAGAGAUGGUCCUGGUGGACCCACCAACUCUUGUUCCUGGAGAAGGAUGGCUACAAGCCUUGCGAUCCCUCCAGAGAUUAACAAUAUAUUCCCCAAAGUUUCUAUCUGCAUUCACGUCUUCCUGUCAUGUUUUUCCUUCCUCCCUGCAGUACCUGAAGCUUAGGGGUGUGGAAGGCAUGGGGACACUCGAGCCCCUCUCAAACCUCUCCUCCCUUACCAGAUUAGAAUUGGAGGAUUGCGGAGAGGAUCUGAAAUGUCAGGGUUUGCAGUCUCUUGUUACCACCGGGGGGCAGCUUAAGUGUUUAGAAGUCAUGUGGGUCAAGGAAUUACAAGUCUGGGACAGCUCUAGAUUCUUUGCUGGUUGGGAUCCCAGACAGGAGAAACAGCUUGUUUCAUCUACGCUACAGGAGCUCUGCACGGAUGACAUAGCGGGGCUCCUUUCUGCACCCGUCUGCAGCUUCUUCUCUUCUGCACUCACCAAGCUGAAACUUCGGGGGUGGGACUACAAAGGGAUGGAGUGCUUCAGCAGGGAGCAAGAAAACUCACUUCAGCUCCUCUCCCACCUCCAGGAACUCGACUUUUUCUCAUUCGACAACCUUCAGCAACUCCCCGCAGGGCUGUGCAACCUUACCAGCCUCAAGAAAUUAACAAUCGACAGCUGCCCAGCAGUCUCGUCGUUGCCCAAUGAUGGCCUCCCUGAAUCACUGCAAGUGCUAUAUGUCAGAUACAAAUGCAGCCAGGAGCUAAAACAGCAGUGCAGGGGGUUGGAGGGAACCAUCCCAAGAAUCAUAAUAGACUAGUGAUCCAAGGACGAUGCCUUGGAGUUCCCUUGUACAUUCUUCUAGACUUGUACUGCUAUAUAUGACAUGAGUGAGGUCUUGUGGCCGCCGUCUUCCUUCCUGUACAUAAAUCCGGUGUUCCUUCGAUCUUAUAUGCUUAUUUUAUGUUGGAUUCGAUUUCGGAUUACUGCCAUUCAUCAAGGGGUGGUAGUCUGCUUGCUUAUUUCAGGUGUCACGGUCAAAAUAUCACCGUGGCAUAAGUAUGGGAUAAAUCAUAAAUGAGACUUUGGGGGUCAAGCUACUAAUAUUAAGGCUAUAAUUUCUUUUCACACGCCGCUACAUUGCUAUCAGUACCAGGUGUGCUUUCGUUACUAAUUUCUGUUGGCUUGCUGUUCAUGUUUCUCUUGUGUUUGUUUGGUAGGCUUGUAGUUACUCCUGUUUACAUUUUGUCCGAAGCUCAUGAAGCCCUGAAUGGUGCAAAAGAUCUUCACAAGAGUAUCCUGCAACACGUUACAGUACAGGGAACACAUAGUCUCUGAAUUUGUGCAAUGUUUAUAGUCUCUGAAGGCAUAUUUGUGCUGAAACUGAAUUUGUGCAACCCACGUUACAAUACAGAUCAUUUUCCUUGGAAGCAACAGAUUGAGUUUGGAAAAGGUGUGAUUGACUGAAUCAGUUUUCUGCCACACAAGAAUGGUGCCAGCAGGUGUAACAUGGAAAGCAGGGUGCUCACCUGCCAAAUAACUCAGCUAUCUUUUAUCCUACUCUAAACAAUGCAGACAAAAAGGCAUGUUUUCUAUCCUCUGCAAAAUUAAGGUUGCUUUCAUGAUUCUGUACUUCUAUCUGGUGCUAUCAGUAUAUGAUCUGAACUUUACUUCUUAGGUUUCAUUCUCCUCACCAUACUCAGUUGUCAGUUCUAGACAAGCUAUUCUCUUUUCAUGCCAUUCUAUGACUACAUUAUACAACACCAUGGACAAGACACCGGGCACACUGUAUGAAAAUUCACUCAAAGUCAAAGAGAUAGAAGUAGAUGCGGCUGUAGCAUUGUGCAAGAAAAGUAUCAAGAGUAAAAAAUGACUAACAAGCAACGGUAAGAAGGGAUUAUACCACAAGAUGCAGCUGACAGCCUUUAUCACCCAAAACUGGCACUGCAACGGUGUGACUCACUGAAGGUUUAGAUGCCGCUGAACAGUCCGGGGCACCGAAAGCAACACGGUAGUUCCGGUUCCCGCCAAGGACGCUACGCAAGGACUGCUGUACACCUACUUGACAAGUUCACCAAUGGGUGUGCCUAGAACACUGCAGAAAGUUUAUUCAUGCGAGAAUUGGCUGCAAAGGAGGGUGAUGGAUUGACUUGCAACUAGUCCGUGGAAUAUCCGAAGCCAUGCCAAGGAAGAAGCAGCAGAAACACUGCUAGACUAGAAGCGUAGCCUGCAGCUAGGUGGCAUAUCUGAAACCUGUCAGCCUUGUGGUUCAGAAUUUGCUGCGGUGAAUCGGAACAAUCAGACUGCAUCAUCUUCUGAAGAAACCGACACUUGUCACUUUGUUAACUGAAGAAAUCGACAGCCAGCGGUUGGUGCCAAACAGGGCUCAUCGUCAAGAGCCCUGGAGCUCGUCUUCCUGCACUUGGGACGUACCACGGAACUGAGGGUACGUACCUGCCUGAUCGCCAAUUAAAUGGCCAGCUUGUGUUCCUCUCAGUAGAAGAAAGAAUGCUGCUCAUCUCAUCUCGCUUGCUUCAAGUCCUGGCCUUCAGUUGUAUUCCGGAAAUCUUGCUCCGUGCGCCUACUUACUGGAGCACGCGCCGUUGAUCAUCACCGGAGACAGAGAGGAGAGGUGCACCAUUUACUGCACUUGUUGGUGCAUCGAGCAGCUCAAGAUGCUCCUCGUCAAAUGAGUUGCUUCUUCUCCAUCAGCUGUAGGGUCUUGUGACCCAGACUUGGUAGCAGUAUCUUUGGAUCACUUCUGGUAAGAUGACCAAGGUCCAAGGUGGUAGGGUUCGGACCUUUCGUGAAUGGGUCCAGAAGCAGGACCGUCCAAUCAAAUUUUGCCAUCAUUUGUGACGUUGUACAGAUUGAAGUUUCUCUUUUGGAAGUGUAUUUUCAUCAAAAACAAGGAGAUGAUUGAUGUUUUA